AUGGAUGAUGAGUCUUUCCUGCAAGUCUACAAGAGCAAAGUCUCUCGUCAACUGUUCGCUUUGGCCACUAUCCUGCCAGAUGUGGGGUGUGGGGAGUGUCGAACUGGAUAUUUUACCAACACUGGAAAUCAACAACAAAGCCAAGUCGGAGUCAAUGGCCGGACAAGAGAUAUCCGGACCAAGUAUAUAACGAAACUCCAUGCCUCAAGAGACUCUAACCCUGAUGUUAGAAGUCUCUGCCUGCGCUUUGAACCAAUGGAUCUGCAUGUUACAAAUGGCAGCAGUGAUUCUCGCAAGGACCCAAAAGAUCCUUAUAACAUAUCGGCGAUGAUGGAACUGGUCUUUCCCCCCGCCGUACUUUCGGUCUACGAACUGGAUGAAGAUUUCGAUGUGUGGUCCGCUAAGAUUUAA